CUUGGUUGGGCGACGGAAGUAUUUCACCAAACAUUAGAUAGCUGACUCUACCCUGCUGAAAGGUGCUGUUUUGAAACUAAACCCCACACUGUCCAGACGAUCCACUGCACCGCGUUCUCCGUAACCUCCUUUUUUUCACCUGACAAAGGAAAAAAAGAGGCGGACGAGCCACAGGUCCAAGAGGAUAAACUGAGCAUGGAGGUCAGGUACAACCAAGAGACGGAAGGGAUGGGGCUGAAGAAUGGACUAAAGAAGGGGAAAGAUGAGAAGGACUCCCAGGGCAGCUUGUCCAAAAGCUUCCUCAAGGAGCAGCAGGACUCCUUUUCCCCCUCUGGGACUGUGGACAACUGCGAGAAGAACAGGGGGAGCACGGGGGACCCGGACUACUGUCGGAGAAUACUCGUCCGAGAUGCUAAAGGCUCCAUCCGAGAGAUCAUCCUGCCCAAAGGUUUGGAUUUGGACCGACCCAAGCGAACCCGCACCUCCUUCACCGCAGAGCAGCUGUACCGGUUAGAGAUGGAGUUUCAGAGGUGCCAGUAUGUGGUGGGGAGGGAACGGACGGAGCUGGCCCGUCAGCUCAAUCUGUCUGAAACUCAGGUGAAGGUCUGGUUCCAAAACCGGCGUACUAAGCAGAAGAAGGACCAGGGGAAGGACUCGGAGCUGCGCUCAGUGGUUUCAGAGACAGCAGCGACCUGCAGUGUCCUCAGACUACUGGAGCAGGGUCGACUGCUGACGCCUCCAGGCCUCCCGGGCCUCCUGCCCCACUGCGGCAGCAGCACACUGGGCUCCGCCCUGCGGCCGCCCUCCAUGGCCAUGGCCAGCAAUGGCAGCAGUAGCAGCGGCGGCAGCACCAGCACAGCGGGGGGCAGCCCUCCUCUACCUGCCGUCACCAGCUCAGGGACAGUGGCGGGCCUGCAGAGUUCACCAGCAGCUCACGGCCUUUUCAGCUUCCCCAUGCCCUCCUUACUCAGCGGCGUCGCCACCCGCAUUUCCUCCAACCCCUUGACGAUGGCCGGCUCGCUGGCCGGCAACCUGCAGGAACUUUCUGCCCGCUACCUGAGCUCCUCUGCUUUUGAGCCCUAUUCGCGGACCAAUGGCAAAGAAUCCAUGGACAAGAAAACUCUGGAAUGAUGCUCUGUUUUGACAUAGAUGGAUUCCUGUUUCCUCGGACACAUUUUUGUUGUUUUCUUGGCUUUUACUGUCUUUGUUUGGUUUUGCUCAUUCUCUUUCAUCUGUCCGUGUCAUGUUCUGUAGCAGUUCAUGUAUUCCAGUUGCACAUCUGAUGCCUUGUACAAGGAAGAAAACAAAGACCUACACAAGCUCAUUUAACAAAGACAGGGUGGUAGUGGAAAGAUUUUGCACAAAAUGUUCAUACAGGACUUUGUUACAGAGAUUUAGGGAGACUCUGAGGAGAUGACUGAGGGAUCUUUCAGGUUUCUGUUAAAUAAAUGUUAAAUCCGAUCUAUUAAUCCAAAAUAAUAACAGAGAAUAUGGCUGCUUCACACCACAACCACUCGAUGGCUGCAGAAGUGCUACAGAGUGUAUAGCAGGAAGGACUGAGACAGACAGUGUAAAGUGAUGGUACCUCUCUGAAUUGUCUUUUUAUUAUUUGAUUGUGUUGGGUAGAUGCAUGUCACUGAAGUGAGUAGAUGUAGAGAAAGAAAGCGAGUUGUCAGACACCUGAGCAGCAGUUUGUGAGAUCCAAUCAGCAAAUAAAAAAAAAAAUAAUACAUUUAAAAUGCAGCAUUAUAAAUGAACAAGCAAGGCCGAAUUCUCGACACAGAAUUGGGGGAGAAAAAAGUGCCUGUUUGAAGGUCACUGCAAGGCCAGUGUCAGCACCA